AUGUGCCUUUUUCGUGCAGCCAAACUGUCCAACUCUGCUGGUACAGCUCUGGACGUCUUUGUGCUCUCCGGUUGUGCAUUUCUGAUGGCCGGUCUUCUCCAUCUUUGCCUGUUUGUUCCAAACGAGUGCCUUAUCUCCUCCGGCGAGGACGGAGGCAAUCUAGAGCCUUCUUUUACGACCGACAACUUGGCCAAAGGAGGACUGUGCUGGACGCCUAGUCGCCGGCAUAAAUUGGGCGACACAGGUCGGGAGCGGGAAAAGGACGAAUGGGAUGGAGGAUACACAUAA